UCUGCUCCUCUGUGAUAGGUUGCAGGGCUGAGAUCUUUUCAAUGGCCGCUGCUCCUCUGUUCAGAAAGAAGUCAAGGAUACUGUUCGCAUUACUGAAAACUAGUCAUACAGCGAGGAAAUCAAGCGCGCGGAGGGCAGCGUUAGCCUGUAGCUCGCAGCCUGCGCUGCCACUGAGAGGGAAGCAGAAGUGUUUCGGCCGCUUUUACACAAACCAGAACUUCAGCAAAGGACCUAUCUCUACCAUGGUGAAGAAAGUGCUGGUUGAUGUGGACUGUGGAGUAGACGAUGCCCAGGCCAUUAUGAUGGCUUUGGCUGCCCCUGACGUCCAGAUCCUCGGCAUCACCUGUGUUCAUGGCAACACGUGUGUAGAAAACGUGUGCAAAAACGUCUUGCGCGUCCUGAAAGUCUGUGGCCGGCUGGAGAUUCCUGUGUUCAAAGGGGUAUCAAAACCACUUCUGGGGAACGUACUGGACGCUGGACACUUUCAUGGAGCGGAUGGGCUUGGUGAUGCUCCAGACCCUGACGCACCUGGCCUGGAACUAGUUCAAGAGGAGGGAGCAGUGUCAGCCAUUAUCCGCAUAGUCAGUGAGCAUCCUGGAGAGGUGUCUUUAGUGGCUACAGCUCCACUGACAAACUUGGCAGUGGCAGUAAAAUUGGACCCUACCUUACCACAGAAGCUCAAAGGCCUGUACAUCAUGGGAGGCAACACAGACUCUAGAGGUAACACUACCAUUUGCGGAGAAUUCAACUUUGCAGCAGACCCUGAAGCAGCGUAUAUUGUGCUGAACGACUACCUGUGCCCCACUUACAUUGCCAGUUGGGAGUUCACAUGUCACAAUAAACUAACCUGGGAGUUCUGUGACUACUGGCUGGCUCAAGAUACACAUAAAGCUCAGUUCAUGAAGAGGAUCUUCCAACAUAGCAUUGACUCCUGCUACAGUGAGAGAAUUGAAAAAGAGCUGGUGGCAGGAAAUGGAUUCAUUUCCUGUGAUUCUUAUGCCAUGGCAGCAGCCAUUGAUGACAAGUUUAUCAUUGAGAGCGACCAUAAGGCUGUCACUGUGGAACUCGCAGGUGUACAUUCCCGAGCAAUGAUGAUUGUAGAUCACCUGGAGAUGCUCCCGAAAUCUCAUAAAGCUUACAUCUUGAAGAAAGUGGACUUAGAAAGGUUUAAGGAGCUUAUGAUGAAUGCCUUGAAGUAACUUUAUAAUGACAAGAUUCCACAGUGUGACUGUGACUGAAUCCCUUCAACAAAUCAAAUCUGUUUAGAAAAGAGAAAUGUGCGUUUUGUAGUACUCCUUUGUAACUUGCAAGUGGGUUUUUUUUUUUUCCUCUCAAUGUAAUUAUUUUGCAAAAUCUUUUAAUUAACACAUCUUUAAAUAAAGCUAUGCUAAAAGUUG